ACGUCACUUCCCGACAUGACAAAUAUACCCUUUGCGAGCACUUCUGUAAAAAAACACAAGUUGGCCCAGGCGCGACAUGAAGAGCCGCGAGCCGGAGCGCCGACGCUGACCCCGGGGACCAGCGUGGCAAAAGGGACCAGAGUGACGCUUGGCGCUGCCUGGAGGAGAAUGAUUGACGGACGCCCGCUUUGGACGGCAACACCCGCAACAUUGCUCGCCCUCCUGCUCCUCCUGCUAUCCACCAAUCAGGCGUCCUCGGGCAGAAGUCGCCAGUGCUCCGACUCCCUCCAACGGAUCCUGAAGGUGACCAGGCUGGCGCAGAAGGAAUCCGCCGACCUCAUCAAAACCUACAAAGACUCCCAAGGGGACAUGUCGGACAUCUUCUGCCAGGCGUCCCUCCAGGACGUCCCCGAGCCCUCCAUCUCCGGCCUGGAGCAUUCCGAGCGGCUGGAGAGCCUCCUGGAGCAUCUGCGGGCUUUCCUGCCGCACCUGAAACGCGUCUACGAGCAGCAAGCGGACCUCCAGGCCCCCGGUAGUCCGGUUCUGGUCCAGCUGGGCCACGUGGGCCGACGCGGCCAGGACUUGGGAGCCCUGGUGAGGACCUUCUACCGGAACACCUUCCCCAACCUGCAGGAGCCGGCCGAGGGGCCCGUGGUCCUGGAGCUGCCGGCCCAGAACGUGUUCCAGCAGAAGGUCUACGGCUGCGUGGUGGUCAAGACCUACAAGGAGUUCCUGGGCAACGCGGCUCGGGAGCUCAGGAGCCUCAGGGGCAGAGUGUGCAGAGGUCGGAGGGCAUUCAAGUGACGCCGGAAAGACCUCAGAGGACAGCAGGCCUAUUUAUGAUAUUUAUAUUUAAUAUUUAUGACGCCAACGCUGCAUGGGAAAUUGUUGCACUGGGACGUCGUGGAAAUGGACUCGGGUUGUAGCGCGGAUGUUCGAACGUGGCCCGGCAUCUCAAUAAAAAGAAGAAAAAAACAAAUGGACAUUUUAAGACGGUGAGGAAGAAUCUUUUUUGUGCUGGAGGCGGGCGUCAUGUGUUGCACCCGACCGACGGUGUCCAAAAAGAAAAUCAGGAAGCGUCCGGAGACGUCUGACUUUGUGACGUCACAACGUCUGGCCGCUUCUCGCCGUUAUUUUGGAGCAAUCAGGCGACGAUUCCUCAUGCUUGGCCAUCCCCGAUGUAGGUCAUCCAUUGUUGGCAUGAUGUAAGAGAAGGGGCAGGCCCUUUGAGAUCACAAGCUGUCUGGAAACUGGAAGUAGUCGGUCGGCUGAAUCAAGUUCCCUUUAAUAACAACUGGCUGUUAUUUCAAGAAGCGCAAGCUCAACGGGGCAAAAAGUCACUCUCGGGUUCUCGGAACGGAAAAGGCAAUUGGCGAUUGAUGAUCAACAUGAAACGUAUGUCGAGAGCCAAGUUUUUCGAUUGGACUCAAGCGCCACCACAUGCAUUUCGUGUUUAAUCCAGCAGAGGGCAGCAGACGACAAGUCCUCAUGGCCACUUCCCAAUCGAGUGACCAUUUUGGCGUGCUUCCUUGCAACUCAAUUCCUUUGUCCUUGUUUCCUCGUUUCCUUACCUCCAUCCUUCCUCCCUUCCUGAAAUCAUUUCGACCUACUUUGAUAUUGAUUCGCCACAAUAUUAGGGACGUCUGUGUGAUCUUGUUCAUAUUCUUAUCAUUGCACUUUAUAUUUAAGAGUCAAUAAAAACCAUAUUGGACAAUCAA